AUGGGUGUUAAAUGCUCGAUUUGCACAAAGAAACGAUUUGUACAAAUAAAAAAAACUGUAAUCUGUAGAAAAAGAGCACAAUUGCCUUAUAAAUCACUCAAUGAAGAAUAUGAAAAUGUAAAUCCAACAUUUUCCAUAGAAGAGAAUAGUGAAGAGAAAAAUUCCAUAGAAGAGAAUAAUUUCAGAGAAGAGAAUAAUGAAGAGAAAAAUUCCAUAGAAGAGAAUAAUGAAGAGAAAAAUUCCAUAGAAGAGAAUAAUGAAGAGAAAAAUUCCAGAGAAGAGAAUAAUGAAAAGAAAAAUUCCAGAGAAGAGAAUAAUGAAGAGAAAAAUUCCAUAGAAGAGAAUAAUGAAGAGAAAAAUUUCAUAGAAAACCAAAAUUUCAUAAAAGAGAGUAAUACGACUGUUAUUAUACCAUCUAAAUUUAUUACAAUAAAUGAUUUUAUUACAAGAUGGGUUUUAUGGAAGGAUGAAUUUUUCAUCUACGUGAAGGACAUGGACCAAGCAGAAGCUAAUAAGCAGACGUGGGGUAUUAUGCUUUUAAAUCUUAUGGGCCCUGUUGGUCAAGAAAUACACAGAACAUUUCGCUUCUAUGAUGACAAUCCAAAAGAAGAUAUAAAUGUAUUGAUCAAAAAAUUUGAUAUUUAUUGGCUGUAUGGAAAUAGGAAAAAAAGAGAUAAUGAAAAUAUCGAUAUAUAUGUAAAUAAAUUAAAGCACGCUGCACUUGUACGGAAUUAUACUGAUCCUGCGAGCAUAAUGAAAGAGAAAAUAAUACAAGAUAUCAAAACUCAACGGUUCGUAGGAGAAGCUGCAUACUUCAUAGAACGUCGAGGAAAAAAUCUGAUAUCAUAUUUACGAACGUUAGAUAUCAACGAUGUUAUUCUUUUUUGGAAACAAUGUGAAGAUUUAAUGCCACAAAAAGAUUGCGAAGAUUUAAUGUUACAAAAAUCUUUAACGAAAUCUUUAACAGAACUACAAAAAAGUUGCGAAGAUUUAAUACCACGAAAAGAUUUAACGAAAUCUUUAACAGAACUACAAAAAGAUUGCGAAGAUUUAAUGCCACAAAAAGGUUGUGAAGAUUUAAUAUUACAAAAAUCUUUAACGAAAUCUUUAAUGGAACUACAAAAAAGUUGCGAAGAUUUAAUACCACGAAAAGGUUUAACGAAAUCUUUAACAGAACUACGAAAAGAUUGCGAAGAUUUAAUGCCACAAAAAGGUUGCGAAGAUUUAAUAUUACAAAAAUCUUUAACGAAAUCUUUAACGGAACUACAGAAAGGUUGCGAAGAUUUAAUGUCACAAAAAAAUUGCGAAGAAGCACUGCAACAAAACUCUUCCCAUGUUAUCUCUAAUAUAAUCGAAUGUACUCGAUGUGGUAAAAAACAUAACCGGAAUCAAUGUCCAGCUUGGGGUAUACAAUGCAGUGUAUGCAGACAAUUUGGCCACUUCACAAACAAUUGUAAAGUUAAAUAUGUAGAUGAUUGUACUAAAUGCGGAACGCGUCAUAUUCUAUCACGUUGCCCAGCAUUUGGUGAGUUGUGUACAAAAUGUGGCAAAAAGAAUCAUUUCACAUGGAAAUGCUUAUUUUCUUUUGAAAACGAUUAUUCAAGAUGCAAUAUAAAGCGCAAUGAAUUAGAAACAAACAAACAAACAAAGAAACAAACAUAUCGCCGACGUCGUCGUAAUAGACCAAAAAACUUAAAAAUAACUUCUGUGAAUCAGGUGGACAAUAAAACAAACAAUUAAUUUGUUGCUUUUACAUUUUAUGUAAAAUGUAUUUAUUAGUUUAAUAAUUACU